CACUAAUCUCAUGUUGCUACAAAAACGAGAACCAGCAAGAAGACGACGAGCAACGACGACACAUUUUCUUCCCAACUCACCUCAUGAAAGAUCAACUGAUUCCUUCUUCUUGAUUAAUCUCUCAAAUUCACGAAAAAAAUUCAAAAUCCGAAAUCAAGAAGUGGACAUAACUCGAAGGGCUAACUUGUGAUGGAUCCAUGUCCGUUUGUACGGCUUACAAUAGAUUCUCUAGCUCUGAGACUACCGGAGACGGCGACCAACAAGCAAAUCGGCGGCGAAGUACAUCCCUCCGCGACGCCUUGUUACUGCAAGCUCCGGAUCAAACACUUCCCCUCGCAGAAAGCGCUUCUCCCUCUCUCUUCCUUCUCCGACGCUUCGUCUCCGCCGGAAUCAUCCACUUCAGCUCCGGGAUUCCACCUCGACGCCGACGCGAUCCGAAGAGUCUCCGGUAAGAAGAUCUCACUCCGAGUCUCCGUCUACACCGGCCGUACUGGCCACACUUGCGGCGUCGCCUCCGGUAAGCUUCUAGGCAGAGUCGAAGUAGCGGUGGAUCUCGCGGCGGCGCUAUCUAGAACCGUCGCGUUCCACAGCGGUUGGAAGAAACUCGGAGGAGAAGGAGACAAACCGUCGGCUCGGCUACAUCUAUUGGUCCGUGCUGAACCGGAUCCUCGGUUCGUGUUUCAAUUCGGAGGUGAACCGGAAUGUAGCCCCGUGGUUUACCAGAUUCAGGGGAAUAUCAAACAGCCUGUCUUCAGCUGCAAAUUCAGCUCCGACCGUAACGGAAGAUCUCGGUCUCUGCCGUCGGGAUUCACGUACAGUAGCAGAGGAUGGAUCACAAGAACACUAUCAGGAGACCAAUGGGAGAAGAAGCAAGCGAGAGAGAGAAAAGGCUGGAUGAUAACGAUCCACGACUUGUCAGGAUCUCCAGUAGCAGCAGCUUCGAUGAUCACUCCUUUCGUGGCGUCACCAGGAUCAGACCGUGUCUCUAGAUCAAACCCGGGCGCGUGGCUCAUCCUACGGCCUCACGGGACUUGUGUCAGCAGCUGGAAACCGUGGGGUCGGCUCGAGGCUUGGCGUGAGAGAGGAGCCAUCGAUGGUUUGGGUUACAAGUUCGAGCUCGUGAGGGAUAACAGUACUAGCACCGGCAUUCCAAUUGCAGAAGGGACAAUGAGCACAAAGCAAGGAGGGAAGUUCAGCAUUGACAGGAGAGUGAAUGGGCAGGGAGAGUCGCCGGCAAGAUCGUCGCCGGUGAAAGGGUUCGUGAUGGGAUCGAGCGUUGAAGGAGAAGGGAAAGUGAGCAAGCCGGUGGUGCACGUGGGGGCACAGCACGUGACUUGCAUGGCGGACGCAGCUCUCUUUGUCGCUCUCUCCGCCGCUGUUGACUUAAGCGUCGACGCGUGUCAGCUCUUCUCUCGUAAGCUCCGUAAGGAGCUUUGUCACGACGACCAAAGCUCACUCUCAUGAGAAAUCAGUUAAGACUUAUAAGACACGUACAUUUUGACUUAACAAAGGCCGAUCCAUGAUUAUUACUUACUCUGAUGAUUAAUUUCGGGUUUUAUUGAUUUUUUGGAUCAAUUAAAUAUGUGAAGAUUCAAAAUUGAAAGAAAGAUUUUACAGACAACGAUGUUUGUGUUGUUUGUAUCAUAUUUAUUUAUUUUUUAUUUGUUUUUUUUUUGCGUUUCAAUUGUGUGUUGAUUAUUCAUUUAUUCAUAUCUUCAUUAUUUCCAUUUUUUAAACAUUCGGG